GAAAAAGAAAAUAAAAAAGAAAACCAGGUUGCUAGGGUUCGCUGCGAGACAAUGAAGGCGCUGUAGAUUCAAUUUCAGUCGUCAAAUUCUCUUGCAUUCGCAUCGUUUCUGAAGCUAUGGAGAAUCAGGUUGCUAGGGUUCGCUGCCAGAGAAUUGGCUGCAACGCCACCUUUACUGAGGACGACAAUCCCGAAGGUUCCUGCCAAUACCAUGAUUCGGGACCUCUAUUUCAUGAUGGGAUGAAAGAAUGGAGCUGUUGCAAGAAAAGAAGCCACGACUUCAGUUUAUUUUUAGAGAUUCCAGGAUGCAAGACCGGAAAACAUACAACGGAAAAGCCAGUUUUGACCAAGCCUACCACGUCCGUGAAGAAGCCAAGUCCGGCUCCUGUGUCUUCCAUGACAAAUACAUUAGGAAAAGAGUCAUGCGCUAGGUGCCGGCAAGGUUUCUUUUGUUCAGAUCAUGGUUCACAAGUCCAAGGCAAUAACAAAUCUAUUAAUCAAGCCUCAAAUUUACCCCCUGCAAGCAAUAUAGAUUCUCAGGUCUCGCCUGCUCCAGCAAAAAAGACAGUAGGCAUAAAUGAACCUCAGAUCUGCAAGAAUAAGGGAUGUGGUAAAACUUUCACAGAGAUGGAUAAUCAUGACACUGCCUGUAGUUACCAUCCCGGACCUGCAGUCUUUCAUGACCGGCUGAGAGGGUGGAAAUGCUGCGACGUUCACGUUAAGGAAUUUGACGAGUUUAUGGAAAUUCCACCCUGCACUCAUGGUUGGCACAAUGCAGAUUCAGCAUAACUAUACAACAGAGGCGGAUGAGGAGAAAUAUCUGUGGAGAUCAAGGUACCCUCAUCAAGCAUAUAUACAAAAUGAAGCUGCGUGUUGUUUCUGCAUUUCGCGUUCUACUCUCUCGAUUGAACUUUUAAAUUGAUCAUAGAGAGAUGUGCUUGCAUAUGUCUUGACCGUCGAAUGUUAUGAACUGCUGAUCCUGCAAUAUAACAGUCUUAACCCUUGGAAGCUAUAUAAUUGAUAUCAUCAUAUUCGCUACAAAUGCUCAUUUUAUGUGUGGUUUCAAUAAUUGAACAUUGCACUCUCCUGUCAUCUGUGAUAGAAAAUGACAGUUUGACUGAGUGAGUGAUAUUGUAUCCAUUACAUGUUCUAUCUGUUCUAACUUCCACGAGUUUCAAUUUCAAUAUAGGGUUUCCUCUUUGAUAGGAUUGUGUA